AUAUCAACGAUGAUGAUGAUGGAGAUGACGUCAAUGCCAGUGUCGUCACGUUUUCACAGGGCACUGUCCAAAUAAGCCUCUUUAAAGGUAGAUGACAACACACACGCACACUGAGAUACACCGAGGGCCCGAGGCUGAAACUGCGUGACACAGACCUCUGUUGCGUAACAGGCGUGCCAGGCGGUAGGUUGAUAGGUAGGCAACCGUGUUCAUCCGCUUGUGAGUGAAGAAAAAAAAAAGAGGGAGGGAUGUGAGGAGAGAUGGAGCGGUCGGUCGGAGGGGGCGUUCGGCUCCUCACUGGCUCAUGACUGGAGGGAACUGGCAGCGGCACAAGGCUGCUGAGCACAAACCUGCUCUGUGAAUGUGUGUGAGAGGAGCGUUUUCACCUCCUGCGCCCUGAUACAGCGACAGUGAACUACGGUUUCCUUUGGAUAUGUAGAAGUCCCGGUCUCCUGCCGCAGAGGACGCCAUCGGAGGGAGCAGCACAGCCCUGCAGCUGAAGGAUGGUGUGACCGAUACAGAGACAGACUGAGGGACCAGUCACUACUCACCACUCAGAGGCAGACCAUGGCUCCCAUGUCCCUUCUCUUCCUGGGCUUCUUCCUCUCUUUCCUCCAUUGUUCACAUGCCCAGGUCAUCAUCGCCUCCUCAUCCUCCUUUCCUCCACUCGACCUACCUAUUAACUCUUCUCCUCCACCAACCAAGCAAACUGCUGGAGUCUGGCCCUCUUUACCUCCCAGAGGGCGCAGUGAUGUGCCCGUCAGAGCGACAGUCCGGGAUAGGCUGACAAGUACGAAUGCAGUGCUACAGGGACAAAGAGUGACCCAUCCUACUGCACAGUCCAUUCCUUCUUUUAUAUCUGGCCUCUCUGCAAAGAACCUCAGCAGCGGACCAAUUUUAACCCAACCGACUGCCUCCAGGCCCAGGACUGAUACAGCCAGUUUAAAAUUCAGGGCCUUUGCUAAAGUGGACACUGCUACAAAAGGCUUUACCCCGCCUCUGCCCACUUUACCUUCCACUGCUGUCGCUGAGCUUGCAGGUAACAAGGCAGGUAAUUCAGAGUCAGAGGAUGAUGAUCCACAGGGGUUAGGAUCAGGUAGUUCUCCAACAACGAUGAUGGGGAAGGAGGAAGCACCUAUUCCAACAGUUGCUGAUGAAAUGGCGCAGUAUCAGCCUCAGGCACAGACGGUGAUGUCUAAAACUUCUGACGAAAAGAAACCAGCACCUGAAAGUCAGACUGUGAAGCUCCCACUGUUUGUGCUCACAACAGCCAGUAAAACCACAAUAUCACCAAAGACUGAGACGAGAGCAACACUGUCCUCUGUGGUGACGAAAGCAACACUUCACACUGUAGUAUUAACAGGAGACCUGACAACAAGCACUCCUCCCACUGACAGAGUUCCUCCGCAGCAGGACUCGGUGAUGACCACCACCACUGGGUCUACUGAGAAACAGCCACAGGCUUCAGAGCUGCCAGUCACUGCCCAAAGCCAGAAGAGUUUGCAUUCUAACACCACAACACCGCAAGUGACGACCACAUCUACAACUAGUGUACUUACUACAACACUGGCGGCUGUGAGAAUGUCCUCAAAAGCAUCAAAUCAACCCAACAUAACGACGCAACAAGGAGGGAAUACAGCCAGCACAACAAGGACAGGAAAACCUUCCUUCCUCACCACCGGUGUAGUCCCAGUCACACGGAUAAGGUUUUUCCCCACUUACCAGAGUGGUAUUGGUCAGAGGAACCGCUCUACUCUCCUGGGACAUACUCACCAAGCUCCCCACGCCACUUAUAAUCCAGUCCCCUCUCCCAGUGCCAUUCCCUCUAACAGCACAUUUCUGUACUGGGGUGACCUGAGCCGGACACUGGCUUUCGCCUGGGAGCUUCAUGUCUACGGUUCAGCAAGUCUCUUCCUCCUCCUGUUUGCUGGAGCUGCUCUCGGCCUCACCCUGUCCCCUGCCACAAACUGUCCUCAUCGGGGUGCCGUUGCACUCGCUAACGCUCUAUUGUUUCUUGCCGGAGGCCUUAGGGCUACUCUCUUUCUAAUUGACCCCUAUGGCACACGGAAAUUGCUCCCUCGCCCUGCAGUUAUGGUGCUCUACAACUUGCCUCUACACCUGCUGGUGUGGACACAUGCUGCCCUGGCAUUGUUGGCCAUGAGGGUGGCAGGGGUGAGUGUGUUACCUUCGACUAUGGAACGUCCUCCUCUGGUGGCUGUGUUGGCAGUGUUGCAGUGCACGCUGCUGCUGGCAGCUGAUCUGCUCUCCCCAGCCCUGUCCCCUGUGGUGCCCGUCACCCUGCAGGUCCUGUCGCUGUGCUGGGGCCUGGCUCUCUGUCUGGGUUUUCUCUGCUAUGUCUUCCCACGUAUACGCUGCCCUCCGCUUCCCCACCCUGGAGUCCCUGAACAGAGCACGAGGAAGGCUUGGACAGGGAGCAGGAGGAUAGGUGUGAUCCUGGGGAGAGUGCUGGCAGUGUGUGCAGUUGUGGGGGCAUUGUGCUGUGGGCUGCAUGUUUAUGCCACCUUAUGGCUCUAUGGGCUGCUAGGGGACUGGACACACUUCAACUGGGGAUGGUGGCUGGUUCACUUCUGGGCCCGGCUCUUGGAGCUCUCCUGGGGGUUCUCGCUCCUUCUCCUGGGUUCAUGGCUGUUCUGGAGGCCCCAAGGUUACCAGGGAAGGGAGGAGGGUGGAGCAGACGGCAGAGCAGCUGGAGACCUGCCAUCCCCUGGCCAAUCUGUUGGGUCCACUCAAAGACAUACCUGCUGGUCCAAGAUAGUGCAGAGCCUGAAAGUGAAGCCGUGCAGAAAAUCUGACAGCAAUGGGGUAGGAGGAGGAGGAGGGGUAGUAGUAGGAGGAGGAGUAGUAGGAGGAGGAGGACCGGGAGAGAUGCCUAACAACUGGGCUGGUCAGGAACGUCCUGGAGCUGACAUCAGUAAAAGUCUGAUCAGGAACCAGAACCACGAGCAGGUCACUGCUCUGCCACGCUAUGUCAAAGACAACAACAGGGGGCGCAACCAUAGGGGCCACUCUGCAGAACGAGGCAUAUCUGAUGGCUCCACAGGCUCCCUGCUGAGACUGCAGGCGCUGGGACGUCCUCCUCAUCGCUCAGUGAGUGGCAGCCUGGAUCAGGAUAAGGACACUUCCCUGUCUCUAUGUGAGUUUGAUCUACGCCCCCCCUCUCCCAUCAACCUGACCCGUAGUAUCGAUGAGGCUCUGCACAGGGAACACCUACUGGAAGGAGGCAGCCUAUUUUAUCCCUUCAACCAAACCUCACAGUCUCCCUCCCCGGGCUCAGGGGUCAGCCAGGGACCCUGGCUCCGCAGGAACAGUGAUCCUCAGAUGCUCUCUGAGAGCAGCGAGGCCCCGACAGAGUCGUCAAUGCCACUAGGUGGCAGCGUACUCAGCAGUGUACCCAGCAGGCAGGUGACUGCACCCCCCACACCUUCCCAUCAGGGUCACAGGUGGGCUGGGAACGGGGUGACAAGUGUCCCCUCAUCAGUGUCCUGCCCUGUGUCGCUUCGUCCGACCAGAAUAUCUACAGGGCAUCUAGGGGAGGACGGGGUGGAUGACACGCGGCCAUUCAUCACUCCAGACUCAGAGAGGGUGCGGGGAAGGGCUGGGAGGCCGGCGGGAUCACGGAGUUACCUGGAGGUCAGUCGACAUGACGACUCUGCCAGUGUGAACAGUGAAAUCAUUGACCUAUGAACCAAACCGAGGACAUGAGGACCAACGACUGUACGUCACACACACCCAUUUAACAAACAUUGUUCCUUCAACACACAUAAUAAAAAUCUGUUUACCUUGUGAAAGGGUUCAACGACAGUGUGUUUGUGGAACUGAAGUGUUAAAUCUUUUACUCUGGGAGUAAAAUUGGGAGCUAAAGCACAGUUACUCUCCAUCUAACUCUCCAUUUCUCUCUAACUCUUUUUCUUUUCAAAGC